AAAAAAAAAUUGUGCUCAGUGUCUUGACUUCAGUGCUUGUUCUGGAGUGGUUAGAUUCCAAAGUAUGGAACGAGUGUGGUUGAAUUUAGGUCAGUCCAUCAUUAUGUGAUUAAUUGUUAGAUGGACUCUGCGUGUAUUAUGAUUAUGAUUUUCUCUAUAUUUUAUUUGGUAUUGAGGUGUUACUUCCAUUUUUCGAAAUUGGGUUUGAGUGCUCUAAGUAGGGACAAUGUUACACAUAAUAUACUUAUUAUAAGUUUAAUAUAAUUUGUAUAGAUUCAAAAGCAUGCACAAUCGUGUAUGCUUAAAAGCAUAUUUUAAUUUGAAUACUAUUUAUUAAAUAAAUUACCAAGAAAAAAAUAGUCUAAACUCGUAUUAGAGUGAUGCAUAUAUUUAAUCAUAUUAAAUAAAACAGCUAUGUAAAUAAAUAAACACAUGCACCCAUCUGAAUACACUUAGAUUUUACCGUUUCGGUCGAUUUAAAAGCCCAUCAAAAAAUCUCGUUGAAAAAAAUGUUUAAACACAGCUUGAAGAAUGUGCUUAUGGACUCUAUCAUUUUAAUAAUUUAUUUUAAGUAAUAGUAUCCCACAUCCAAGAUUUAACUUUUUAACCAAGUUAAGACCAAUGUAAUAGGAUAUUUCAAUAAAAAUUGCAAUUUUAAGUUUAAAAAUGUGAAUAUUUUUAGAGAUUUUUUUCUCCUUCAUAAAGGAUUUCUAAUUCAGCGGCUUUGAAAAUAUAGUGGAUCCAGUCAUAUAAAGAUAUUUGAAAUAAAGAAACAUUGUUUUAGCAUCUCAGCUCUGCUUAGCAGAUUUAAACAUAAAUACUAAUUGUUUAUUAUUAUUUUUGCAGAUAAAAAUGAAACUUUUAUAUAUUUUAAUUUCAUUUGUCUUGGUGAAUUUUUUGGUAGCAUUAGAUGACUAUGUAAAACAGGUAAUCAUGACAAACCAACAGAUGAUACUUGUAAGAGAUAAAUUGCUUACAGAAAUUCAUAACAUGGUUUUUUAUGGAGAAUUCACGAUGGUGGAAUUAGCUUUAAUGUUGGCAGUGAUAUUUUGGGUACAGCAAUCCGUGCACCUGAGAUGGACGAAGAUGGUGAUAUUUAAAUUUUUUUUUGCAAAACCAACGAACCUUCGACAACUUGGUGAAUACAAUAAUAUAUCAAUUUUACACUUAAGACUAUUUUACAACAACAACUUGGAGAGUUAAUAAAACCAAUAAGAAAGGAGAAGUAUCUAAACGUGCAAUGUACACAUGAUAUCAUAUUAAAAAGAAAACAGCUAUGUAAAUAAAUAACAGUAACCAGUUUCCAACCAAGAUAAUAAAAAUGAAUCUUUUAUAUGUUUUAAUAUCAUUUGCCUUGGUGAAUGUUUUGGUAGCUUUAGAUAACUAUACUAAGGAGGUUAUCAUGGCAAACAAACAUAUAAUGCGCGCAAGAGAAGAUAUGCCGCAAGUAAUUCAAAAUAUAGUUUGUUUUGGAAAUUUUAGAAUGGCGGAAUUAGCAUUAAUGUUGGCAGUGCCGGAAUUCGACAUACGAGAUGACCUAAAAGAUUACUUAGUGCAUAAAAAAAUAGACUACCAAAAAAUUGUGCGAGAAAAAAUAUGGUGUUCAACGAAAACCCUAGCACCUUCGAUAGACGAAGACCUUUAUAAAAACGCUGAUCUAAAUGGUUUGGGAGUUGAAAGAAGAGGCAUGACUAUGGAAGCUAUAAAAGCUUUAUUCAGUGAUAUACUAAGUGGAAAAAAUGAAUAUUUCAUAGAUUAUUCACAUAUGUGUCGUUUAAUGGGAGUAUUCAAAACUAUUCACCUCAAUUCAAAAUCAUUUAUAGAAUGUGCUGUUGUCCCUACAAGUGGAGUUUGUGUUCUAGUGGAUAAUAACAAAAAGUCGAUCAGCUACUAUAAAUUUGAUGGCAAAAUUUGGGAAAUGAAUCCUGACGGUACCCAAAAGGAGUUACUUGCCGAUCAAAUAAAGUUCUGUCGACAAGAAAGCCCAUCCAAAGUUUGCAAGAAAAUCACUUUAAAGUAGUUUUACAAGCUGAUUAAACGGUUUGCUUGUAAACUCUUAUUAUUUUAAUACUUUUUUUUAAGUAAUAGUAACCAGUUUCCAACCAACAUAGUAAGUAAUUUUGUUUUAUACAUUUUGUUAAGGUUUACUAAUUAAUUAUUUUUCUAACUAAUUUUUAACCGAUCAAACGGUUAAAAGAAAAUGGUCAUG